GCGGGGUAGGACCAAGCUCUCAGGCCGGCAGACACUAUGAAGUCUCUAAAGAAGGAAUCCCGCCACAGGAUAACUCCAAACAAAUUCUUGGAGGCCGCAGAGAGCUUGAAAGAAAAGAAGCAGCGGGCAAAGGUCCCUGAACAGUCCACACCCCCCAUUCAGGAAGAACCCGAGCCUGUUAGCAAUGUCCUACAAGGAGAUGACAUUCUGGCCUUGGCCAUUAAGACGGAAAACUUGAAGAAGCAACACAUUCCUCGCUUUAUUGAAACAGCAGAUAAAUCUGACAUUACCCAGAAAUUUCUCAUCCGUAAAGUCAAACCCAAGGAUCCUAGGAGGAAGGUCCGCCACUUUGUAGCCCACCCUGCCACUCCAGAUGCCACCACGAGGCCCCUGGACUACUCCGGCCCCCGUGAGAGUUUCUAUAGCGGCGACCAGAUCCUGCCCCACCAUAUCCUGGGGAGUCUCCACGACUUCAGGAGAAUUGCAGUUGCUCAAGGGAACAUGGAGCUGGCUGAGCUGAUCCACACCCCGCCCUGUCUGAUGACCCUCGACUCAGCUGCAGAAGAGCCGAAGCAGGAAGCCCCCAAAGAGGAGAAGCCACCUCCCUGGGCCCCACCGCCUCAGCACAACUUCAUGAAAAACUGGCAGCGCAACCUGGCCCUGUGGAAGAGGCAGCAGGAGGCCCUCAGCAGACUCCUGAAGAAACCUGUCGGCGAGCUGCUGAUGCACAUCGGGGAGACCUACAGACAGAUCCAGGAGGAGCGGGCGGUCAUCGACCGAAUCUUGCCCACGCAGCACGAUGGGAAGUGCUCUGAGGAGUCCAGUGGGUUCUGGAGUCGACUGGAAUACUUGGGGGAUGAAAUGAGGGGUCUGGUCAUAACGAAGACAAAAAGUCAGCGUGGCCUCCUGGAGCCCAUCACUCGCAUCAGGAAGCCGUACUCCAUCCAGGAGGAGAUGGGAUUGCUGGCCCGGAAGGAUGCGCGGUACCGCUACACCUGGGAUCGGAGUCUGUUCCUGAUCUACCGACGCAAGGAGCUGCAGCACAUCAUGGCGAACCUGGGCUUCAGCCAGCAGGAUAUUGAUGGCCUGGAGGUGGUGGGCAGAGGGCAGCCUUUCUCAACGGUUACAGUGAAAGACUUUUUAGUGUUUGAAAAGAGCCAGAGAAGUUCCUCUGGAGACAUAAGGAGCGCACAAGCAGCACUGUGUGUCCAAGAACCUCCCGCCGGCAGGAAGGGAGCCGGACAAGGCCGAGCUCCGGGGGGAGCUGAUGAUGCCCCGGGGGAGGGCAGAGCUGGCAGCCACUGCUGGGGGCUCCAUGUGACAAGACGAUGGCAGCCUCGGGGGAAACGCGCCAUUGGUUUUCCUUACAGCGAUUUACGGACCCAUUACCCGGAGGCAGCCCCCAUGCCUAUUCUCGGCCCUUCUCUGCUGUUCUGUGGGAAGCCAGCCUGCUGGAUCCGAGGCAGUAACCCUCAGGACAAGAAGCAGAUCGGCAUCGCUGUCCGCCUGACCUUUGAAACCGUGGAAAGGGAGAAAACGUCUUCGGAACUGACCGUGGUCAAUAACGGCACCGUGGCCAUUUGGUAUGACUGGCGGCGGCAGGUCCAGCCGGACGCUUUCCAAGACCUGAAGAGAAACAGGACACAGCAGUUUUACUUUAAUAACCGGGAAGGUGUGAUUCUGCCGGGAGAAACGAAGACCUUCACCUUCUUCUUCAAGUCUGUGAAUGCUGGGAUCUUCUGGGAAUUUUGGGAGUUUGUAACUCACCCCACCCUGUUAGGGGGUGCCAUCCUGCAGGUCAAUCUCCACGCAGUCUCCCUGGCCCAGGACAUUUAUAGGGAUGAGAGGACGUUACUGGAGAAGGAGCUGGCCUCCCACGAGGCGGUCACCAUCGCGCAGAGCAUGCUGCAGGAGCUGCUGGGCGGCAUCCUGACCCCCGAGCGCGUGCCGUCGCCCGUGGACGCCUACCUCACGGAGGAGGACUUGUUCUACCACAGGAACCCCCAGCUGCAUUACCAGCACCAAGUAGUGCAAAACCUGCAUAUACUGUGGCACCAGUACAUGGUCCUGCCCUACAAGGCCGAGGAAGGCAGGCCGAAGGACGACGAGCACGUGGGCGCCCGGGCCUGGGCGGCCUGGGCGGCCAGGACCCAGCCAGGCUAUCUGAGCAAGUCCCCGGUGCAGGUGGACUCUUUGACCUACCCUAAGGGCUCCGCCUUGGAGCCCCAGCAGGAGAAUGCGUACGUCAAGGAAUCCCAAGAUGGUUUCAGGCCCCAGAGGGUCCGAGUAGGGGCCAAGACUUCUCCAUGGAAGAGCAUCAUGGAGGAGAUCCUGGUGGAGGGCAGCCGGGACUGGGACAGCACCAAGAGCUGGGAGCAGGCGGGCCUCCCGCCGCCCGAGUGGAACCUCUGCCUGGAGGACUUCAGGGAGGAAGUGAUGAUGCUCCCCGAGGAGAACCAGAGAGAAGAUGCCCUCAUCAGGCUCAACAGAGCAGCCCUGGAGCUGUGCCAGGGACAGAGGCCACUGCAGUCUGACUUCCUGUACCAGAUGUGUUUUCAGCUGUGGCGGGACUUGAUUGACGGCCUGGUGAGCCACUCCCUGUGGCUGAGGGCUCUGCUGGGCCUGCCUGAGAAGGAGACCAUCUAUCUGGACGUGCCGGAAGAGCUCGCUCGGAAAACACCUUCCGCCAUAGAGACAAAGGUAGCUUCCGGGAGAGCUGGGAAGGAGGACCGGAAAGGGGUGGCCCAGGAAAGGAAGCAGUUGGGAGUCAAAGACAAAGAAGAUAAGAAAGCAGCCAAGACGCCAGGGAAAGAGGACCGUCUGAACAGCAAGAAGCCAAAGGCAAAGGACGACAAGAAACCUACGAAAUCUUCCAGUCGGGACAGGCUCUACGUGGAGGACCCUGCCCCUGACAUCAUCGUCGCGUCUCAGGAGCCCAUCGACCCCCUGGUCAUGGAGAAAUACUCCCAGAGGAUGUACAUGGAGGUCUAUGGGCUGCUGGACACCAUGGUGACGGACCUAAUGGUUCUGGCUGAUGAGCUCAACCCCCAAAGGGACGUUGAGCAGCCUUUGCGUCCUUGCACUUGACUCAGGUGCCCAAGCAGCCUUCUGGGCAACUGGUUAACAAACAAAUCAAUAAAGAACCUUUAAGUUCCUACCA